AUGCAUUUAUUUUUACUNUUUGGGGGCUUAGACAACUUCCUGUUGACAGUGAUGGCCUAUGACCGGUUUGUGGCCAUCUGUCACCCACUGCACUACACGGUCAUCAUGAACCCAAGACUCUGUGGCCUCCUGCUUCUGGCCUCCUGGGUUUUGUCGUUUAUGGAUUCUCUGAUAAAUGAUUUAAUGGUUUUGCGACUGUCUUUUUGUACAGAAUUGGAAAUUUCCCAUUUUUUCUGUGAGCUUAAUCAGGUAAUCCAACUUGCUUGUUCUGACACAUUCCUCAAUGACUUAAUGAUGUAUUUAGCAACUGGACUUCUGGGUGCUAUUCCACUCACUGGGAUCCUUUUCUCUUACAUGAAGAUUGUGUCCUCCAUUUUGAAAAUUUCAUCAGCUGGGGGCAAAUAUAAAGCAUUUUCCACCUGUGGGUCUCACCUUUCUGUUGUUUCCUUGUUCUAUGGUACAGGUCUUGGGGUUUAUCUCAGUUCUGCUGCUAUUGAAAGCUCCAGGGCCAGUGCAAUCGCCUCAGUGAUGUACACUGUAGCCACACCCAUGCUGAAUCCUUUUAUCUACAGUCUGAGAAAUAAAGACAUAAAGCGGGCCCUAAGGAAACUUUUCAGCUGA